CAGCUGAACCCGCUCGGUUGUGACGUGAAGGACCUUCCUCUCAGACACAGCAGCAGUAAUGGCGGACUACGAUGAUAGGGCCUAUGGCAGCUUCGGCGGCGGUAGAGGACCCCGCGGCGGCGGCGGGCCUGGAGGCCCCCGGAAGCAGAAGGAACUGCCCACAGAGCCCCCGUUCACAGCGUACGUAGGAAACCUGCCUUUCAACACGGUGCAGGGCGACAUCGACGUCAUCUUCAAAGAGCUCAGCAUCCGCAGCGUGCGAUUGGUCAGAGACAAAGAGACAGACAAGUUCAAAGGGUUUUGUUAUGUUGAGUUUGAUGAUUUGGAAUCCUUAAAAGAAGCUUUGACGUACGACGGUGCGUUGCUAGGCGACAGGUCACUGAGGGUGGACAUCGCAGAAGGACGAAGGCAAGAACGAGGAGGCAGCGGCUUCGGCUUCAGGAAAGACGACAGUAGAGGACGAGGAGGUCCUCGAGGAGGUCCCCGGGGAGGAGGCGGAGGACGGGAUUCGCGAGACGACUUCUACGACCAGCAAGGAGGAGGUUUCCGAGACGACGAUUACAUGGGGGGGCGGGGUCGAGGGGGCAGCAGUCGUCCCAGCGAGAGGCCGCGGGGAGGUGGAGGAAUGGGUCGCUUCAGAGAGGGACCACCACCCCGCGGGGCAACGACAGACUUCAGAGAACCAUCUGAAGAGGAGCGUGCACAGCGGCCCCGCCUCCAGCUGAAACCUCGGACUGUCUCUGAACCGCUCAACCAGGUCGCCAACCCCAACUCCGCCAUCUUCGGCGGAGCCAAGCCGCGAGAAGAGCACUGACUCGUUUAAAGCCGCCGCCACAGACUCCCGACCAGAUGGUGGCGCUAACACGCCUUGUUGCCAACCCCAGAAGAAGAAAUUAGAGGUUUUGUUUGAUUCAGUGUGGAUCAGACGCAGACUUCCACGGAGAUAAAUGUUGUAAAGUCCAAACUCUUCCUGUCCAAUAAAGCUGGAUCUUUGGUUUGUA